AGUCCUCAGAAUAGAAGACCCACGCUCGAAUUGGGCGAUACUUUUGCUGCUACUUGAAACAUUUCCGAGACCUUGCUUGUUUGAAACUUCCCAUCUGCUUUUGAAAUGCUUGGCAGGAGAUGAUCCAGACAAAACAAUGAUAUGCUGUUGCUUAAGCAAAAACAGAGUCAUCGUCAGGUCUAAUCGGAGAGAAGAUUGAGGUAACUUGAAGCUUUCGUGCAUGUAGACAUCAGUGACCGAGGAUUUGACUGACCGGGUUGCAUUUCUAUUCCUCUUUUGGAAGAGAGAACAUCGGUGAUUUGCACUAAAACAUGAACCCAGUGGGCUUGUCCCAGGGCCGAGUUCUGGCUAGUGCUGGAAUUAUCAGGCACAUUUCUAUUCCUCUCUUGGAAGAGAGAAUCUUUCCAUUUCCACAUGCAGGGCAGGGGAAGUCAACCAUGGCGGCCACCAACCACGACGGGAAGCAAACCCAUCGCUAUCUGAAUCGAACACACAGAGAGCUGACGCAGGUGAGCAUGAGCGGCGAGGCGAUGCAGCUCCCUUGGAUCGACUUCUCUGGCGUCGAGCCGUCGGCGCCCGGCACCGGGACCUGGUCGGAGGUGCGCUCCCAGGUGAUGGACGCGCUGGCCUCCUUCGGCUGCUUCGAAGCGCGCUACCCGCCCCUGACCCCGGAGCUCCGCGCCGCGCUCUUCGACACCGCCGUCAGGCCGCUGUUCGCGCUGCCCGUCGACGUCAAGCGCCGCAACUACUACGGCGCCGACAAGCCCUUCCACGGCUACCUCGGCGGCCUCCCGGGCCUCGACGCCUACGAGAGCCUCGCCAUCGUUGACGGCUCCAAGCCGGAUCCCGUCCGCGCCUUCGCCGACCUCGUGUGGCCCGACGGCGGCGGCGACGCUAGCUUCUGCGAGACCGUCCAUGGCGCGGCGAAGCGGAUCACCGAGCUGGAGGAGGCGGUGCGGAGGAUGGUGAUGGAGGGGCUAGGGGUGGCCAAGUACCACGAGCCGCUGGACGAGUCGACGUGGCACCUGUUCCGGAUGUCCGAGUACAAGGCGCCCAACGCCGCGGAAAAGGCGCUCGGGUACCUGUCGCAUCAGGACACCAACUCGCUCAGCGUGGUGUGCCAGCGCGCGGUGGAGGGGCUGGAGGUGCAGACGAGGGACGGGGAGUGGAUCCUCGUCAAGCCGUCGCCGACCUCGCUCGUCGUCAUCGCCGGCAACGCACUCCGGGCAUGGACAAAUGACCGUCUGUACGCGCCAUUUCAUCGGGUCACCGUCAGUGGGGAUGUCACCAGGUACUCCGCCAUCCUGUUCUCGGUCCCCAGCUUCAAGAUCCAGGCGCCCGAUGAACUUGUGGACGACCAGCACCCUCCCCGUUUCAAGCCCCAUUGCAACGACGACUUCGUCCGCUUCUGUGUUUCUGAAGAAGGCGCUCGCCACCAAGAUAAACUCAAGGCCUUCUGUGGAGUAUAGGCAACAAAUUGCAUCUGCUGUUGAGCCCCAACCGCACCCUCACGUGAUUCACUUCGUUCGACCAGCAUUCAUUCUGUCUCGGCGCUGGACUCCCCCUGUACACUUAAACGUACAGACCGGACCAGAGAAGACACUGGUUGCAUUUCCUAUGGUCUGAAUUCUGAAACAUGGAUAAUCUGGCAGGCAUGAAAGAAAUGGAUAAGUUUAUGUUGGGUU